AUGAAGAACAAUACUUAUGAGGCAGGUCUGCCAUUGGCCGAUUGGAACUCCAUUAGUAGAUGCACAAUUAUCACUGUUCAUGAUGAUGAUCAGAAAAUAAUUGGGGCUCGAUACUACCUAAAGCAUUAUGAGGCUGAACAUGGCCCUGUUAAGGAAAAAAUGGAAUUCCGUUCACCUAGAGACAAAAAUGGUCAUGGAACUCAUACAGCAUCAACUAUCGGAGGACGAAGAGUUCCUAAUGCUUCUUCCUUGGGUGGAUUCGCCAAUGGUACUGCCUCUGGUGGCGCUCCUCUUGUUCGCCUAGCCAUCUAUAAAGUCUGUUGGCAACCUGAUCCUCUAGAUGAAGUAGUAUGCCCGGACGGUGAUACGCUUGCUGCCUUCGACGAUGCCAUCAAGGAUGGUGUUCAUGUUAUUAGCCUCUCCAUUGGUAGCAACACUAGCUCUCCGUAUGCUGAAGAUGGCACUGCAAUUGGAUCAUUGCAUGCCCUGAAGAGAGAUAUCAUCGUGGUAUGUAGUGCUGGUAAUUCAGGGCCAACUCCAUCAUCUGUGUCAAAUGUAGCUCCAUGGCUCAUCUCAGUUGGUGCUAGUAGCAUUGAUCGAAUAUUUCAAUCAACAAUUGUUCUGGGAAAUGGCCUGAUUGUUCAGGGGCGUACAGUAACGCCAUUUAGGAAGACCAAGAAAUAUCCUUUGGUGUAUGCUGUUGAUGUGGAAAUCCCGGGCAAAACCACCAAUCUGACUACCGGGGGCUGCUUUCCUGGUACGCUUUCCAAAAAGCUUGUUAAAGGCGAAGUUGUUUUCUGCUGGGUAGGAUUCAUUUCUCAGGCAUUGGAAGUAAGAAGAGCAGGGGGAGUGGCUGCCAUUUUUGGCAACCCUUACGGCGGAAAAGGAGUAGAUGAAAGCCCUUUCCUACUCCCUGGAACAACUGUGCUUCAGAAUGAUAGAGCAACAAUAGUGAGUUAUAUAUUGAAUAAUGAAAAUCCAACAGCAACACUUUUCCCAGGAAGAACUAUUAUUGGUACUGGACCAGCUCCAUUUAUGGCUCCUUUCACAGCACUAGGUCCAAAUGGAAUUGAACCAAAUAUUCUCAAGCCAGAUAUUACUGCUCCAGGACUAAACAUAUUGGCCGCGUGGACUGAGGCAUCGCCUCCAACUCAGCUUCUUCAAGAUCAUCGAGUUGUUAAGUAUAACAUUGCAUCAGGAACUUCUAUGUCUUGCCCACAUGUGUCUACCGUAGCUGCAUUGUUAAAAGCUAUACAUCCUGAUUGGAGUAGUGCUACAAUAAGAUCUUCUCUAAUGACCACAGCAAGAAGGGUCAACAAUGUACAGAUACCAAUAACAGAUGCAGCGGAAAAUAUAGCAACUCCUUUUCACUACGGGGCCGGCCAUUUUCAACCAUCAAAAGCUGUAGAUCCUGGACUUGUUUAUGAUGCAAGUUACACUGAUUACCUUCGCUUCCUUUCUAGUAGUGGCACAGCUUUCCUCGAUUCAUCAUUCAAAUGUCCAAAGCAUGUCCCUCCUCCCAGUAAUCUUAAUUACCCUUCACUUGCAAUUGCAAAACUCAAUAGCACCAUGACUGUGAGUAGAACUGUCACAAAUGUUGGUACUGGUAAUAGUACUUACACAGUAAGCAUUGUACCACCCCCGGGCUAUACUGUUGAAAUCCUUCCAACAAAACUCUACUUUAGCAAAAUAGGGGAAAAACAAAGCUUCAGUAUUACAGUAAAAGUUGCUGCAAGUAUAAAGAAGACAAAGUUUGAAUUUGGAUGGUUUGCAUGGAGUGAUGGAGCUGGUCAUGUUGUUAGAAGUCCUAUUGUAGUAUCAGCAGCAUAA